AGGCGAAAAGAGCUUCUCGUAAAGGAAACAAAGUCAGCGCAGCUAUGGAUGUCUUCUUUCAAGAGGAUCACGAACUGUUUGUCAGCAGCAGCAGCAACAGCAGCCUCUUCUGGUCCGAUGAUAUCCCGCCGGCUCAUUUCCCGAGCUGGAGCUCUUUCAUGCCGUACCGUGCUGUAGGUACCAGCAGUAAUCAAUCGCGGGCCAGCCUGGGGCUGUCGGCGAAUAUGAACAAGAGGGUCCUGGAGUUCGUAAGGAGAAGCUGGCCAGAGUGUUCAAGAAACCGAGAGCUCGACAGAGGGAAAGGGUACCAGCACAUGAUGAGCGAGAGGAUGCGGAGGGAGAAGCAGAAGCAGAGCUUCUCGGCCUUGCAUUCCCUUUUGCCUCGGGGCACCAAGAGGCCGAUGGCUCGGAAAUUUCAAAUGAAUGACAAGAAAUCGAUCGUUCAAGCGGCUUUGACAAAAAUCCAGGACCUGCAGGGGUACAAGGAAGAGCUGCAAAAGAGAAACGAUGAUCUCAAGGCCAGUCUAGGGGUAAUGGCAGUGAAGGAGAAUGACGCGCCCCGAGGAACCAAAAUUAAGGUUAGAAUUGGGAAUCCUGUGUCAGGGAUGGAUUCGAUGCUGGAAGUUCUCAGGUGCCUGGAUGACUUGGGGCUCGAGACGACUUCCGCUCGGUCAAAGUUUUCCGCGCAGGAGUUCUCUGCUGUUCUAGAGACACGAGAAAAGGUCGAAGCAGCAGAAGUUGAAAAUGUCAUACAGAGCAAACUCUAUGAAGCUGAGAGGAAACUUCUGCACAAGUUGCAUGGAAUAUUAUGAGUAGAGUAGCCCAAAGUUUUUCACUUUGAUAAAAUUGCAUCUUGUAAAUUAUAUUAUUAUGCAUAUGAUAUAUUUAUAAAUAGGUUAAAUUCAGUUUGUCCCCAUACUGUGGGGGUGAA